UUUAUGGUUUAUCGUUUGAGUGCGAAAAUGGCUGGAUCGUUCGGCAACGAUAUUUGGAAAAACUGGGAUAAAAACGGAAAGCAGGAAUUUAUCAAAACUUGUAUUCCACUGCUUAAAGAUGAAACGAGGAAUCCAGUACUUGACAAAAGUGGAAAACCAACCAAUAUUAUUAAAUAUGUUAAUGAAUUAGUUGAUAAAGGAAUCAAAGGUGUCAUUAAAAAAGAAUCAGUAGUAUCUACAUUGCAGGAAUUAGUGACUCUUCAUCCUGAUAUUCCCUCAAUUAUAUUGGAUGUGUUGAAUUUAGAAGAUGCUAACACCUCACUAAUUGACAGUGAAGAUUCUAAAGAUAGGAGUAAUUUUUGUGCAAUUGUUAAAGAAUGUGAAAAGUUCUUAUCUGACAAGCUAUUAAAAGAGCGCUUAGAGAUAGAUACUUUACAGGAGGUGGGAGUUUUGAAAAAUAACUCAUUUUACUCAAAGUUCAUUAAGGUCAAGACAAAAUUAUAUUAUAAACAACGCAAGUUUAAUCUGUUCAGAGAAGAAUGUGAAGGUUUUGCUAAACUGGUAACAGAAUUGGCAAAUGGGAAUUCCGAGAGUACUUCUCCGGAAGAAUUGAUUAGCAUAGUGCAGUCAUUGAUUGGUUGUUUCAAUUUGGAUCCAAAUAGAGUACUGGAUGUGAUAUUGGAAAGCUUUGAAAAUAAACCAAACGAAGCUAGGAUAUUUGUUCCGUUAAUCAAUUAUUACAUGAAUGAUCCUAGAAUUAUUAGCGAAGUUCUGUCAACAAAAUUUGCUUUCUUAAAAAACAACGAACAGAGUAUACCUCAAUCUCUUUAUGUUUUGACAGCUCAACUACUCCAGCAUGGAAUAAUUAAACUCGAAGACAUUUAUUAUUGGUUAUAUCCUGAAGACAAAGUUCUGGUGAAGGAGUGCGAAAAGGAUAUGAAAGUUGCCAGAGAGUAUGUUCGAAAACUUCAAGUAAUAAGCCUCAAUAAUAAAGAAAAAGAGGGAUCACCCGAAGAGCCUGAUACUGAUAAUGACAAAUAUGUAGGUAAUCAGAAACUCGGGUUAUGCGAGGCACUGUUGAUGGUUGGAGAUUGGGAGAGUGCCAAGAUCUUGAUAAAAAGUUUGCCGGAUCGCUAUGCUGUUGGUUAUGAACCAAUAGCAAUUUCUUUAUGCGGGCUGAUCCAUCAUAUAAUCGAACCGGUUUAUAGAGAGUAUGGGGUCUUGAGCUCAAAAAUACCGAGGAAACCCACUCCACCCCACGAUGGCAUGAUGGUUCCCAAGCAGGCCGAAACACCCUUAGACCUUCGACAGACAGCUAUUCCGAUGCUCCUCAUGCUGGGUUCUUCACUGCGUUACGACCCUGUGUUGCUUUGCAAGAUAGUCAGAAUGGCCAAAGCCAUUCUAGCUUCGUAUGGAAUCGAUAAUGCCAAGUCUCCUCCACCUAAUUGCGAUUCUUUGUAUAACGACAUUCUAUCUUUGGUAGACGAGACCAUUCUGCCUGCUCUCUCCUACUUGGAUUGUAACUGUUGUAUAGCCGAGGAGAUUUGGACUCUUCUCAAACUGUACCCAUAUCAGAUUCGGUACUGUUUGUACUCGAGGUGGAAAAACGAGACCUACAAUUUGUACCCGGAGCUGUUGAGGAAGCGGGCUGACUCGGAGAAGCAGAUCAAGAACAUCAUGAAACGAGUCAGCAAAGAAAAUGUGAAACCUGUUGGUAGACUGAUAGGAAAACUGACACACUGUUCUCCAGGAUUCCUCUUCGAUUAUGUUCUCCUCCAGAUCCAAGUCUACAACAAUCUGAUAAAUCCUGUUGUCGAUUCCCUCAAGUACUUGACUAACCUCUCGUAUGACGUUUUGGGAUUUUGCUUGAUCGAAUCACUUGCGAAUGCCGAAAAAAAGCGUGUGAAGCACGACAGUACUUCCAUUUCGACUUGGCUGCAGAGUCUAUCAAGCUUUUGUGGAGCAGUCUACAAAAAGUAUACCAUCGAGUUGACAGGACUGUUGCAAUUCGUUGCAAACCAGCUCAAAGCACAAAAGAGCUUGGAUUUGUUGAUCUUGAAGGAAGUAGUGCAGAAAAUGGCCGGCGUGGAUGCUGCUGAAGAUCUUACUAUGGAUCAGCUAAAUGCUCUUGCUGGUGGAGAGCUGCUCAAAUCUGAGGCUGGCUACUUCAGUCAAGUUCGAAAUACCAAAAAAUCCUCUCUAAGGCUGAAGGAAGCGAUGGCAGAAAACGACCUGGCCGUCGCCUUGUGCUUGUUGAUGGCACAACAAAACUAUUGUGUCGUUUACAAAGAAACACAAAAGAGUCAUUUGAAACUGGUCGGCAAGCUUUCGGAUCAAUGCCAAGAUACUUUGGUACAAUUCGGGACAUUCUUAGGUUCCACUUUAUCCGUGGAGGAGUACAUCAACAAACUUCCCUCGAUACAAAGUAUGCUGAUCGAUUAUCACAUUCCCUUAGAGGUGGCGUUUUUCCUGGCCAGGCCCAUGUUCAAUCACGCAAUUAAUCAAAGGUAUGAUCAAAUACGCAAAUCGGACCCAAAUUACAAAAAAAUGUCUUCUUCACUGAAGAAUCAAAAAUACGUGGAAGCAAUAAAUGAAAUAAUGGAACCAGUGCAUACUUCUCUGAUUCCUCUACAUCCUCACCGUGUAUGGGAAGAUAUUUCUCCGCAAUUUCUAUCUACUUUCUGGUCGUUGACCAUGUAUGAUUUGUAUGUGCCAGAAGAUGUAUAUCUGCAAGUCAUUAAUAAAGUUAAAACUCAGUCUCUGCUCAACUUGGAGAGUGGCAUUAAAGGGAAGAAAGAGCAGGAACGUUAUCAGACUUUAUUUGAGAAGCUGCAAGACGAGAAGAAGAAGCAGAGUGAGCAUGUUGAUAAGAUUAUGUACAGGUUGAAGCAGGAGAAGGACAACUGGUUUGUAUCGAAGUCUGCGAAAGUAGCUAAGAAUGAAGCGAUCACCAGAUUCUUGCAGCUUUGCAUCUUCCCCAGGUGCACUUUUACGCAGAUUGAUGCUGUGUAUUGUGCCAAGUUUGUUCAUACCAUUCAUUUGCUCAAGACUCCCAAUUUCUCUACUCUUCUGUUUUAUGAUAGGGUAAAUGACACGUCAAAGGAAAAAGAGAAAGUUGAGAAAAGGACAGCACGUCAAGUACCUGAAGAUACCAGAACAACAACGAAAAACCAAGUACCUUCAGUUGAGACGAUAAUACCCAUUUCAAAGGAAAGAGUUGAAAAAUCACAUAAAGACGAACAACCUAAAGAAAAACACAGGACUGAAAAAAAGGAUGAUCCGGAGAAAGAAAGAGACAGAGAUAAGCGUAGGGAGAGGAGGGAGGAAAAAACCAGUAACAAGGAAGACCGACAAGAUAGGCACGAUAGGCAGUACAGUAGGUUGCAUGACGACAGAUAUGCCUUGACCAGCCCCAAGGAAGAUGCCAGACACUCGAGCGAAAAGCAAGUUGACAGAUAUUAUGACGAGAGGAGCAGUGGGGGCCACUAUUAUCGUGAGACGAGAGACGAGCGAGAGCUAGCCUCUGGUGGCAGCAUUAAUAUAGGGAGACUCAGCCAGGAACCCGAGCCAGAAAGAGAUAACAAAAGAAGAAAAAUCGACAAUUCUUCGAAGAAUUCCAAGCACGAAGAACGAAAAGUGCCGCCUCUCAUCGAUUUUCCAAUAGAAAAAGACAAGCGAGAAAGAGCUGUUAAGCCAAAAGAGAAACGCGAAAAGUUGACGGAAGAAGAAAAGGAACUGCGCAAAGAGAGGAAGCUGGGAAGGAAGAGGGAUAGAAUUGAUGAAGCGAUGCAGCAAGAAAUGAAAAGAAGGCGAGAGGAAGACAAAAAUCGUCGGGAGGAAGAAAAAGCCUUCAAAAUGAUGACGUCACCCAAUGGAGAAAUAAUUGAGCCCCCUAUUCAUCCUGGCCCUAGGGAUAAGCACCACCGAACGAGAGAAAUCUCACCAUAUCAGAGGGAUAGGUCGCAUGAAAAAUCCGAGCCACGAGAUAAGCACAGAAGGAGCUCGGAGAACAAAAGGAGAUAACCAUUACCAAUACAAAACUGAAUAUUUGUUGGCCGAAUGUUGAAAUGCAGGAGAAAACUGAUUUUACAUGUUUAAUUUUAUAUGUGAUCCCAAGAGUUAUAUGUAAUAAAACUGAAAAAAAGUGUU